GCUUUAAAAAUUAAAUGUACACUGUGUCCAUGUUUUGAGGUGAGAUAUGGGUCUCUACUAGUAAUUUGUUGCCUUCUAUUAGUGUCACGUUAUGUCUAGUGGAUACCAUUAAGGACCAGUAAUGGUUUGAAUGGUUAAAUCAUGAUGGUUUGUAAUGGUAUUUGUAGUGGAAACCAUUUGAAUUUCUGUGAUUGGUUUCUGUUUGGGUUUUUUUUUUUUCAGCAGGGAUGAAUAGUAGCUACAUAGGCUACAGGGGUUUACUAUAAAACUAAUGUAUGUAUAGUGUGAAGUGACUGAACUACAGUGUAUACUAGGAGGAAUAUUGUUUCUAGACCAGAUCAGGGUGUUCAUUUGAAUUAUUCAUGAAUAUUCCAGUAUAGUACAUUCAUGUGUGUGGUAGUGCACAACACAGCUGUAUCCCACUGUAAUGAAUCAUAUUACAAAAUAGUGCUCCAGCGUUGCGUUUUGUUUCGUUCUUUUCCUCAAAAAAUAAAAGAAAUAAAUAAAUAAAACUAGUAUGUCAUAUAUGCGGUUUCGGUGACCCUUUUAGACCGAGUAGGUCUCGUCUCUGUUUUUGGGAGAAAAUAAAAUGUGAAGAAGUGUGAGCACAACAAGUUGGAAGGAGCUCACACGGAGCUGACAUGGAGCAGGAAGCAUGGCGCAGGUUAAACAAGCGGGUUAUUGUUUAGACAGCGUGCUGAAGUGAUUUAGGGCGGAGGUGGGAGACAGGCAGCCUGUAAAAACUCCACGUGGCGAAAUGGUAGAAAUUUCCAGAAGGGGCUAAAUGCCUUAACUGGAGCACAGGCUCGAUUUGGCUUGAGGAAAGAGACGCAAACGAAACAGAAGUUCCUCUGCACGCGGGAAGCCCACCGUCCCUGCCAGUUCUUCCCUGACCCUCUGAAGGAGACCGAGGAAACAGAGGAAACUGCUACACACUAACGCAUAUUCCCCCCUGCCAUGCUGCCAACUGCUGCUCUGUGUUUAUCACUGGUCUUGAUGGUCAAGCCCUCCAUGUCCCAGCAACCCCUGACCUCAGGUGAUCCCCAGCAGAAGAGCUUUUCAUCCCUGACCCACCCAAGCUGGUCCUUAGGGCUGCAAGUGUACAGGGCCCUCCGUAGUGAAGGUUCUCACAUCAACACCCUCAUUUCUCCUGUACUGCUCGCCAACGCACUGGACGCACUGAGCCACACAGCCAAGGGAGCCACAGCCAGACAGCUCCAGGAGCUCCUAAAGAACUACAAAGAUGUGAAAUCUUCACCCAAUCCUUUUAAAUCCAUGAGAAACGCAAACGGAACCAGCUACAUACUGCAUGGUUCAUCAGCUAUCUUCUCCAAGCAGGUUACUACACUGGAGAGCGGCUUCCUGGAGGAGCUGCAGGCCCAGUUUGAACUGGACCAUGUGGCUUUAGGUGCAGGGGAUAAACAGGAAGAUAUGGAGAAGCUCAGAUCCUGGGCCAAAAGUGGAAUGGGAGGAGUCAAAGAGAUGCCACUGAAUGAAGGACCAGACUCUAAAGAAGGAGCCCUGAUCCUGGCCAGCGCACUGCACUUUAAAGGGUUUUGGGAUCAUGCCUUUGACGAAGAAAAUGAAGACCUGCGAAGCUUUUUGGGGACCAAGUACACCAAAGUGUCUAUGAUGCACAGAUCAGGGGUGUACCGUCACUAUGAGGACAUCGAGAAUAUGGUGCAGGUAUUGGAGCUGGGUCUGUGGGGUGGAAAGGCCAGCAUGGUGCUUCUGUUGCCUUUCCAUGUGGAGAGACUGGCCAGGCUGGAGCACAUGUUGACACUCGAGCAGCUGGAGAAAUGGCUUGGGAAGCUGAGCAGCAUGAGCAUGGCACUGUCUCUGCCCAGGGUCAAUGUCAGCAGCACACUCAGCCUACAGAAACAGUUAGCCGCACUGGGCGUGGUCGAUGCCUGGGACCAGAAAGUGGCCGAUUUCUCAGGUCUUGGGAAGGGGAAGCUUCAUCUGGGGGAUUUUCUUCAUUGGACAUCACUGGAACUGGUGCCUGAUUCAGGCAUUAAGGAUGGUGGGGAGGAGGAACAGCAUGUGGAGAAACCCAAACUUUUCUACGCAGACCAUUCCUUCAUUAUUAUGGUGAAGGAUAACAGCACUGGAGCUCUGCUGAUGUUGGGUGCACUGGAUUUGGCAGAAGGGGCUGCACUGCAUGAUGAGCUAUAGAGGACGGAUGACGUAUGGAUAGUGUUUUAGAACAUCUCUUCAGUUUUUACUGACUCAAUUAAAUGGCCCAUCAAAGACUUUGACAAUCUAAGCCAUUUGUCCAGUGACAUUGUAUAUACAUAUUUUUUUAAAUGCAUAUUGAAUGUGAUGAGUGGGUAAUUAUAAGUCCAGUUUUACAGUACUGUAAGUGGGGGGAAAAAACAGAGAAGACAUGAUUAAAAAUCGGCAGAAGCUCGUAUUAUUUCUAACACCUAUCGAGCUCCAUUAAACGUGCAAAGAAGAGCUAAUGGAAGGUGUAAAACGAUUUAUUAGAGCUUAGAAAAUCUAGGCGAACAAUUUCACCCAGGCUGAACCUGGAACUCAUUCCAUUAUUAUAACAAACGGGCUCACCAUGAGCGCACACCAGGCAUUCACACACUGAUGGCCCCCCUGAGCGAUUAAUCCUUUCACACUUGUGAAAUAUUCAGUGGAUUGUUCUCUGAUCUCUCUGUGAUAGUGUGUCACUUUUACUUAUAUUCAUAUUGGCAUCCUGACACAUCUCCUCCUUCUCUCAUUUUAACACUAAGAGAUUGAAAGACACACUCAAAAAGGCAACGUUAUCAUUUCUACUAAAAACAAUACCUAACACCGGUAGUCCCAAAGUUGGAAAGCUUAUCCAAAUCCAAGCCAAAGGGUGCAUUUACUUUCUCACCACAUACCACUCGCUAACUAAAUGAUCUGACAGUUGCACUGAACUCUGAGAUGGGAUGGGCCUCUCUCUCUCUCUCUCUCUCUCUCUCACUCUCUCUCUCUCAAGUUGUUACCAAAUAGAUUGGGAGCUCCGGGGGGUCAGGCUCUAAGCUGGCAUGCCGUUUACCACUCCAGGAGCAGUCCCCUGGUAGAAAGAUUGCUCAACCAGGCUGUUAUUGAUGGGAUCAGCUUAAUACUAAUGACGCUAAUGACUCGAGACCACUGUCAACACCACAGGCGGACGAUAAACCUUUAAUCUUUUAAUGCCUCCUCGGAUCAAUGGAGGCUGUGCCCUUCUGACACCGUUGUCCGUUUAGAGUGGUUAGGAGUUACAUUUAAAAUGCUGUUUGCGCGGGUGUGUGUGUGUGUUUAUGUAAUGUGUUACAAUGUGUUUUUUAAUCUUAUACUUAAAUGUGCUGUGUUGCAUAUAAAGAAGACGUUACUAAACUAUUGGUAUUACUGUAUUGUUAAUAUUCAGUAUGGCAAUGGUAUUAUUUCAAUUAAUAUCAGAACAAAGUGGCUUACAAGAUAGUAAAUGAUGGGUUUUUUUUAAAUAGAUAAAUAUAUUAUCCAGAAUCAUGAAAUGUAGUUUUGGUAACGUAAAGGUGUAGAUAUAAAAGUAUUAAAAAGUGUGUCCUUAAAUUAACCUUUAAAUAGUUUCAGAGACAGCUAGGCUGGUGUCAAAUGGCAGGCUGUAAUGCUAAAUCUGGCGAAAUCUAAUUUAAAAAAAAAAAAUCAUGAAUUAGAAGGGCCGUUAGGACUCUAUCACCCUUAAAAUUAUCCAUCAGUAAGCUUUAAGGUUUUUUUUACAUUUUUUUUCAAUUACUUCCAGACGCAUCGGUGCCUUUGUCUGGAAGCACACAUGCUUUGAAAUGACAUUAUUAUUUCUGAAGGCAAGAAGUGUUUGUUACUUUUAGAUAAUGCUUUCUCUCUCGGUGUUCUGAAAGCAUGAAUGUGUUGUACAUUUGUCCACGUCUAGCAGAAAUAUCAAGGAUUCAGCCUGGAGGUAAGCCUGUUCUUCUCAGCUAGCUACAGCAUCCCUAAGAUAGCUGUCUAUCCUGCAGUGGUUCCCUAAACUAAACACAUUCAGUCAUUUUGCAUAUUGAACAUUACCUGGUUUGCCUUUACAAAUGCACUAACAAUUUAUUUAGGCUGUGACUAAUAAUUUGGAUCUAGUUAGCUAUGAUAAGCAUACAGAAUAUGGACAAUGUAUGCACACAAAGUAUAGGAGCAGAGGGCUCAUGGGUGCAGGUGUGUGUGUGUGUGUGUGUGCGUGUGGGGAAAUGAGGCGAAACACAUUCAGGGGCUUAUUCGGAGAGCCUGCGGCUGUUCA